AUGACUUCAGAUCAGGAUACUAAAGUUGUGGCUGAACCGCAGGUGCAGCAAGUCCAAGAAGCCAAAGACAGUUCCCAUCUUGAAUCAGCCAAGGUUUCAGAGUUAAAUCCUAAUGCUAAAGUAUGGGGGGACCAUGCGUUACAUGUGGAAUCCGGCAGAACUGCUGAUGGGACUGUGGAAGAGUCAGGAGGUUCUCCCUGUAGCUCCUCCAAGGAUUGGCCCAAAGAAGGACUGGAUGCCAAUGGGGAUGGUGUCAGUGCAAGGUUAACACGAGACCCAUCACCAUCAGUUUCCACAUCAGACCAAACAGAUAUGAAUACCAUAACUCUGGGAAACUCAGAAUAUGAAUCUAUGCAUGAAAUCUCACAUUCAGGAGCCAAUGAUCUACCACAGACAGAAGGGCAGGAAGAUCUACGUGAUGUGCUUAAGAAAACACUGGAAUUUUGUUUAUCUCGAGAGAACCUUGCCAGUGACAUGUAUCUUAUAUCACAAAUGGACAGUGAUCAAUAUGUGCCAAUUAUGACCGUAGCAAAUCUGGACCAUGUCAAAAAGCUGAGCACUGACAUGGACUUAAUAGUUGAUGUAUUGAGAUCUUUGCCUUUAGUCCAAGUGGAUGAGAAGGGUGAGAAAGUAAGACCGAAUCAAAAUCGGUGUAUUGUGAUUUUGCGGGAAGUUCCUGAAUCUACUCCUAUAGAAGAUGUAGAAGCCCUCUUCAAAGGUGAAAACUUGCCGAAAUUUGUUAAUUGUGAAUUUGCCUAUAAUGACAAUUGGUUCAUUACUUUUGAAUCAGAAGCAGACGCACAACAGGCCUACAGAUACCUGAGAGAAGAUGUGAAGACAUUUCAAGGGAAGCCUAUAAAGGCGAGGAUAAAAGCAAAGCCAAUAGCGAUAAACACUUUUUUGCCAAAGAAUGGUUUUAGACCUUUGGAUAUGAAUCUGUACACACAGCAACGCUAUACAACAUCAUUUUACAUACCUCCGCUGUACAGUCCACAACAACAGUUCCCACUUUACAGUCUCAUUACCCCACAGACCUGGUCUACUGCACACAGCUACCUGGACCCAUCACUGGUAACGCCAUUCCACAAUACUGGAUUCAUUAAUGGGUUUACAUCUCCUACUUUCAAGCCAGCAGCAUCACCUUUAACGUCUCUGCGACCUUACGCACCCAGGAACAGGAACCCUGGCAAGUCCCAUCUUCGGCAUACAAUACCAAGUACUGAGAGGGCCCCUGCACUUCUUGAUGGUCCAGCUAUUUUCAACUUUACUACUGAUAGACUAAUCAAUGGUGUGCGUGGGCCUCCAACACGGCAACCCGGACAAACCAGAACAAGGAUGCCGAAUACAACAACAUUUAAAAGGGAAGUUGGUACAGGCCGUGUGGAACCUCCAACUAUUGAAAACUCCUCUGGUCUUGGGAGGGGGAGGAAAACAUCUUAUGGCUUUAGGAAGAAGAGGGAUGACAAGUUUGUGAGAGGUCAAACGCAGUCUCCUCCACCCAUAAAGCCCCCAUCUCCAAGUUUUGAAUUGGGACUGUCUAGUUUCCCUCCUCUGCCUGGUGCUGCUGGCAAUCUAAAACCAGAUGACUUUUUUGAAAGCAGACUUUCAAGCUUGGUGAUAAGCACAUCAAAAGAAAAGAAUGUUAAUGUGGAUGCAAGUACAAACACCAUCCCUUCUGGGAUUCCAAGGGAGCCAUUAUUGCCGGUUCCCACUGCACUGCCAGUGACAUACCAGAGUCCUCCAUCACCCUCACAAUCACCAGAUGAGUCCAAAGUAGCGGAUAUACAGCAGCAAGAGUCUCCAACUAUUGAAAGGAUUUCCACUACCCUUAACACUUCUAGUAAAUCUGUUCAAGUUAAUGGAGCUGCUACAGAGCUGAGAAAACCUAGUUACGCAGAAAUCUGCCAGAGAACAAGCAAGGAUGGCCCUAACUUACUGCCUUCUAAAGAACAGAAGAAUGUGGCUGUUUGUGUUAAGGCUGAAGGGAAGGUGACUGACCCUUCCAUAGAGAAAUCCAGAGACGCCCCACCGGCAAAGUCCAGCACAGGACGACCCAAAGACCAGAGGAGACUAUCGGGUCGCAGGUCGCCUCCACCUCCUCUGUCUAUUGGAAAACGGGGGAAUAAAGAACCUGGAAGCCCCCUAAAGUCUCCUCAGUAA